AGUUUCGCUCGAAGCACACCUCUCCGAACACGCAGCGGACUCUCCUCGUCAUCUUCACAGCAGUGAACAGCGCUUACAAGAAGUUUCUUUUUCUACGCCAAACGAACUUAAACAGAAGCAAAAUGCCGUCUCAGGUUCACGCCGAUCCCGCGCGCGACAUCGACAGCGACUCCGACGCGACGACGGCGCGGGUCGACCUUCUCGAGGUGAUGCGCGAGAUGACCGUGCCGGAGCGCCGCCGGGUUUACGCCCUGCAGGGUCUCCUGAAGGACUACCACGCCUUGCGGGCGCAGAUGCGGGCCGAGGUGGCCGCCCUCACGAAGGAGAGCGUGGCGGAGUGCCGGGCGAUCUUCGACGCGCGUCGCGACAUUGUCUCGGGGGCACGCGAUAUCACGCCGGAGGAGCUGACCCGCAUCGGCGCCGUGCCCGCCCCCUCCUCCUCCUCCACGGCUGAGGCCGCGAAGGGAGAGGAGAAGCCCGCCGCGAAGAAGGGCGUGAAGGUGGUCGACCCCGUCGAUGAGAAGCAGAACAGCGAGCUGGAGAAGGCGGCGGCGAGUCCGUCGGGUGGCAUUCCGAACUUCUGGCUCACCGCCAUGAGCAACUCCGAGGCGCUCAACAGCCUCAUCACCGAGAAGGACCGCGACGCCCUCUCCCAUCUCGUGAACAUUGAAAAGACCUUCAUCGACGAGGACCCCGAGAAGGGCGACCGCCUCGUCUUCCACUUCUCCCCCAACGAGUACUUCACCAACGCAACCCUCACGAAGGAGUACCACACCGAGUACGACGAGGACCACGGCGAGAUGCGCAUUGCCGACGUGGUCGGCUGCACCGUCGACUGGAAGUCACCAAAGAAGAACCUGACGGUGAUCGUGAAGCAGAAGAAGCAGCGCAACAAGAAGUCGGGUCAGAUGCGCAUCGUCGAGCGCGAGGAGCCGUGUGAGUCCUUCUUCAACUUCUUCUCCCCGCCCACGCAGAAGGCGGAGGACGAGGACGAGGAAGAGGAGGACGACUUCUUUGAACAGGAGAUGGAGAUGGACGUGGAGGCCGGCACGGCGCUGUUGGAGGCGGUGGUGCCGCGCGCCAUCUUCUACUACACGGGGGAGGCGGUGGUGGAGACAGGAAAGGAGCUGCGAGAGCAGUUUGGCUUCGGAGAGGGGGAGGAGGAUGAAGAGGGAGAUGAAGAAGACGAGGAAGACGAGGACGAGGACGAUGAUGAGGCAGGUGGGUCGAACUUCCGCAACAUUGUCCGCCAACGUGGUGGUGGCGGCGCUGCGGCGGCAGGUGGUCGUGGUCGCGGUCGUGGUGGUGCCGGGGCCGGGACCGGGGCCGGUGCGCAGCCUCCUCAGCAGGAAUGCAAGCAGCAGUAA